UCUUUCGCUCGUGAACGCCCGCCGUCUUUCUGCAAUAGACUAAUGUCAAACUUCCCAAAAGAAAAUGACGGCGCCAUGUCUUUGUUCAAGAGAUUCGAGUCCGCAGUUACUCCCAUCGUGUCCGGGGAAUACUCCCACCACCGGGACAGAGCGGCCAUGGCCUCCCGCGUCUCCUUCACCCAAGUCCGCCUGGAAGUGGAGCUGGAGCGGUACCGGGCCGAGUGUCAGUGGGAUCGCAUGCCGACCAUCGUGGACCAGAUGCAGGCGGCCAGGAUCCACGAGGACGAUGAUUACUGCACGCUGGUGUUAGCUGAAGCGCUGCUGGAGGAGUGUCUGCAGGAGAACAUGGAGCUCUUACGCCGCGCCACGCCGCUGGCUGAGAAGACUCAGCCCAGACUGGCCCGGGCCAAAGGCCACCUCAACACCAUCCUGAGUCGAGGACGUCUCACGCCCAGGUACCUGAACGAAGCUCUGCUGCUCAUGGCCAAAGUCCACUACGUCCAGGGGCGUUACCGGGACGCCCAGGGGAUGUGUGCCAGGGUGGGCCUGGAGGAGCUGACCCAGGACGACCAGCCCACCUACCACCUCCGCCUGCUGGCUGAAGCUUUCGUCAUCAAAGGGCUGUCUCUUGACCACCAAACUGUGUCUGCUGUGUCCCGGAUCCGACUGUCUGAGCGAGAGGAGGAGAGUCUGUCCUGUUACCUCCGAGCCUGUGACGCUGCUCUCUCCUACCUGCAGGAGCUGGAUCGGACUUCAACAACGCCGCACAACAAAAAUGUGAAAAACAGUCUGACUCCUCCUCUGGACAUUGAACUGGGAUAUUUCCUGCAGGCGGCGCUACAGAGCGCCUACCUGUGUCUGCUGCAGCGUGGUCAUCUUGCACAGGGCGCUCACCAGCUGCGUAGGGUGCUGAGGGUGGUGGAGUCACAAGGGUCCCGGAGCUUCAGAAAAUCAGCUGCAAGGAAGCUGGCACAGGUGCUGCUGAGCUCGGUGAGUGAGGACAGUUAUUGGCCCCCGCUGGGACCUCCACCCUCAGCCUGGCUCCACAGAGAAGGAGCGGCCGCUUCCAAGGACGCCAUCUACCCGACUGUUAAACCACCGCUGCGCUACACCACUGACAGUUGCUUCUGUCCUCAGGAUGUAGUGGAAGAGGCCGUGUUGCUGCUGCUGAUAACAGAAUCUAUGGCCAGUGGGGAUGCAGUCAUCAGUCGCAUGCCUGACCAGGCCGACGCUCGGAAUGCCAGUCUGCAGGAUGCCACCUCCGUCUACGACCUGCUGACCAUCGGCAUGGCCAGGAGGGGGCAGUACGCCAUGCUUUCUGAGUGUUUGGAGCGAGCCAUGAAGUUUUCAUUCAACGAGUUCCACCUGUGGCAUCAGCUGGGACUGUCACUCAUGGCCGCGGGGAAGGGUGUCGCUGCCGUGUCUGUAUUCAAAGAAUGUGCCAGGAUGAGACCAGACGACCCUUCGCUGCCACUUUUGGCUGCUAAAAUCUGCAUCGGCCAACUGCACUGGUUGCAGGAGGCCGAGAGUCUGUCUCAGAGUGUCGUGUCCAUGGGAGAGGAAGCUGGCGAGUUCCUGCCCAGGGCCUUCCUGGCUCUGGGACUGAGCUACAGCUUGCAGUCUUCUGAUGCUCCUUUGAGGGCACAACGUGACGAGUUCAACAAGAAAGCUCUGAGAGCGCUGAGCAAAGCUCACUCCUUAGAUCCCAUGGACGCUCAGAUAGGGAUGUACCUGGCCCUCCAACUGGCACUAGUUCGACAGGUUUCAGCUGCCAUGGAUCCCCUGCAGGAGGCAUUGUCUCUCCAUGCCGAGGACUUGCACUCGCUGCACCUGCUGACCCUUCUCCUCAGCGCCCAGAAACACCACCGCCAAGCCCUGGACACCCUCGGACUGGCCCUUAGCCAGCACCCUGACAACUUCAACUUGCUGUUCACCAAGGUGAAGCUGGAGGAGGUGGUGCUGGGUCCGGCGGCCGCCCUGCAGACCUGCGAGGAAAUGCUACAGUGCUGGCAAAACCGCUACGACGUUGGCCGCUCCAUUGAGACAGAUGAGAGCAGCAGCAUCCCGCUGGCUGAGAAGACUGAAGCAGUCCCCAUUACCCGAAAACCCUCCCUGCACCUGACUCUGCCCGACUUCCAGGAUGCUUCUACAGGUUCCCCAAGUCCAUCCUCAGUAGCAGCCUCUCGCCUGGAGGCGGCGCUGUCGGAGGUUUCUGACGUGAGCUCCACCAGACGCCAGGGACCCACCUACAUCUGGACCACCCUGGAGCACAUCUGGCUACAAGCUGGUGAGCUGUUCAUAGCGGACGGCAGGUUGAAGGAGGCCCAGUUCUGUGUGGCCGAGGCCAGCUCGCUCUUUCCGAACUCUCACUCGGUGCUGCUGCAGCGGGGCCGCCUGGCGGAGCUGAGGGGCCAACUGGACGAGGCCAAAGGUCUCUACGACGAAGCUCUGGCCAUCCAUCCCACCGGAGAACGCAUCCUGGUGCACUUGGGUCGUCUGAUGGUGAAAAUGGGGCGCGUCCACCUGGGCGAGAAGGUCCUGCGGGACGCGGUCCAGAUCCACAGCACGUCCCACGAGGCUUGGAGCGGCCUGGGCGAAGCCCUGCAGGCCCGCGGCUGCAGCCAGGCCCCGGAACACUUCCUGACUGCCCUGGAGCUGGAGGCGUCCUGCCCCAUCCGACCGUUCGCCGUCAUCCCCAGGGAGCUGUGACGGUCCGGGCGGGUCGCCGGCCCCCGGCUUUUAAAGACUGAGAUCUUUUUGUCUCCUGAGUUUCAGCUCUGCUGCUCUUUCCCUUCAGACCUGACGUCACAGGAGGAUUUUAACUUCAGCUAUUUAUUGUGUGGCGACCCGGUUAGCACCGCCACCUGGCUGGAAGGUCCAGACUUGAACCAGCAACCUUCUGCUGGCUUGUCAUUCGUGUGUGUUGUUGCGUGACUUUGUGUUUGUUCUGUUGAUCUGUCACACUGAAACACCUGCCUUCAUACUUGUACACACUUGCAUUCCUUCUCAUUCCCAGUGACACACUAAUGUUCCCUAUAACCCUGACAAUAACACACACGUACGCAACACUAACACAUGUAAACACAGCAUUUCACCUCCACUAAAACACACGCACCAGCACCUGCUCACACUUGAAUAAGUCACACAUGUACGUACUCUCAUACACCCACACUAAAAUAUACAGAUGGAGUCACACUAAAACACACACUUAAAUUCAGGGUCACACACUGACACGGGGGGAUACACACCCUCUCCAACACACACACUAAAACACACUUAUACUCCCAGACUAAACACCAAACAUGCCUAAAAACCAAAACACACGCUCGUAUCAACUCAUUCACACUCAUGAACCUACACGUGUAAAAACUAGUGGUGGGAUUUUAACAAGUUAAAUACAAUUAAUUGCAAAAAGAAUAUUUAUUUUAUUGAACAGUUUGCUCUCCAGACAACAGGGAACCUUUGUCAGCGCAGGAGUUCCUGCUCCACUGGUCACACUGAUGCACAAGACACGUGGCAGCUAGGAUGAGAACAACAACAACAAACAUGGAGGAAUCCCUGAACAAAAGCAAACAAAAGCAUCUGUUUGCUUCUGUUCAGGGAGGUUUUUCACUGCACAAUAUUCAGGGUUUCCACUACUCUGAAUGGACUUGAAACAUUGAAAUUCUUAUACAAAUAUUUUCAAGACAUUAAAUGAGCUUUAGUUUAAAUAAGGUGAUAUAAAACUUGAAUAUAUUCAGUAAUAUACCAAAUUCAUUCAAGUUGAAAAAUGUGGCAAAUAUUCUUCUACCAUUAAACUGGGAUUAAGUGAGAUUAAUUCAUCACAAAUUCUUCAAUGAACUAGAUACAUUUUUUGGUCGAACCCCACCCCUAGUAAAAGGAAACACGACACACCCUCACUAAACAGCACAUGCAGUCACCCACACAGAAACCCACCUGAAUCCCGAGACCCUCGGUCUGACCCCCGACGGCUCUCGUGACCCCGUCACAGUCAAAUAAAUGUUUUCCUCUUGUGAACCAACGUGCGUAAGAAGCCCAGUGUUUGGCCGGAUUUGGACAAGAUUGGGAGCUGCUCUCAUUAUAGCUGUUGCGACGUGUGUGUGUGUGUGUGUGUGUUACUCAUCUGCUGGUAAAGCCCUCCAUUAGAGCCGCUUCUAAAAUCACUGCUGGACGCUGCGUCUUCACCUGCCCCGUCACUUGUGACUAAUGGACAUCACUUCCGAGUGCCUGACCACAUUAAUGUGAGCGGCGCAAGCGGGCGACCGGCUUACGUAACUCUGCCAGCGCACUCCUCCGCCUCCUCCCUCCGUCUCUCUCUCUCUCUCUCCGGCCUGAUGUGAUGUGAUGUGGCUGGGUUGCCUAGCAGCCAUCCCCUGGUUGGAGUAACUGGGGAGAGAUCUCUGGUCUGCUGAGCAACACACACACACACACACACACACACAGGCUUGAUGUCUUCCAUGCUCUCGCCUCAGCCGCCACUAACUGACGACGGUCAGCCCACCUGACCCUGCGCCCCGCCCCUCGCACGCCGUCACUGAGCGUCCACGUGAGAAAUCCCUCCUUCAUCGAUACCUCCGAUCGAUCGGCGGCGCCGCUCUCUAUUUUUACUUUUCCCCUCCUCAUUAGGGCGCAGUGACACCUACACGGGCUCCAGCAGAUGAAUGGUCUAAUCUCACCAACACACACACACACACACACACACUGGUGUCUUGACAGCUCUGGUUAAAGGAGAUAGAUGAAGGAGGAGGGAGGCGGCGGCUGCAGAGCUCCUCAGAAUGACAAGAUGAAGCUCAAUUUACUGGCCCGAGAACACAGACAUGCAGAGCACACCUGAGAGGAGCCGCAGCCAACUCAUCUCUCUCGCUCACACACACAGAUUCCAGGGCUGAGAUUGUUGCAACCCUUUUUUUUCAAAACAGAAAAUCCGUUUUUGGGAUUUAACCCGACCUGCUCCACACACAACAUGGUUCAAUACUAUUGUCCUGGGGUCUGGUUCAUGAGUGAGGGAAGGAUGGAGGUAGAGGUCAUUGCAGCGUCUUCAGUUAUAUGGACUCGAUCAGUUGUGGUGUAGAAAGAGCUGAGAUAAUAGACUAAGCUCUCUAGGACCGGUGGAUCUUCUGUAGGAACAGGAGGAGGUUUCUGCGAGUGUGAAGUCUAGGCCUCUUUACUGCUGGUGCUGCCCCCAUGACCUGUCCGCAGAGACAGGGGAGAAAGUGGAUGGUAGGAUCUAGAGACGUCCUCUUGUGGAUGCUGCUGCUCAAUAAUUCAGAAUUGUAAAAAAAAGAACAGCAUAGAAGUUGGCAGAAACUAUUCUCUACUGUGGAAAAGAAAAAUAUUUGGCGAGAAGAUAAAUUGUGUUAUUGAAAAUAAGGCUAAAAAGGGACUAACGUAAACAAAAUAAGUAUUUAAAAAAAUAUAUUGCUAACAAAAAAGUUAUAAAAUUCAUAAAUAAUUACUUUAAAUAGCCACAAUGAACAGUUAAAAAAUGAACAGUUGCAAUUGAAAACAAGACUAUAGAGAAAUAAAUAGUCAAAAAAAGAUUUAGUUUUUUUUAUUUUCGUUUUUGGUGAGCUCAGGUCAACAGUGGUAGAGCUGUGCUUGAAGAACCAUGAAAGGUCACGAGUGACGGAGCGCUUCUCAGGCUGUUUGGAUUGGGCCCUGACAAGUUCCUGGAGAGACCUGCUGUCAAGACAUUCCGGUUCCACUGGCGGUUGUGGCUCAGCUGCCUGAGCUCAACAGGAUCAAGUUCCCUGACUCUUCAAAAUGAACCUGUCUGUUCUUCAUAAGAUGCUUCCUCACUUCUCAGGUCUGUUUUUGAAGGUCAGAAUACAACAGUGCUGGCGACCCUCCCAGCUUCUUGUCAUCUGAGAGUGUGUGUGUGCUGGUAUUCAGGUCAGGGGUGUGUGUGGGUGCCAGCGCUGCAGGGGCACACGGAGGGCACGAGCUGGCUGGGCCGACUGUGGAGUGCCAGGCAGGAAACCAAAAACCCUCAUUGUGAGGUCCAAACAAGGACGGGGUGUCACGGGCGGGUGAGUGGUGUGACAGAGGUCAGCGGGGUCACACGUGGCUCCUUCAUCAUUUCUCUAUAAAAGUGAAGUCGCUCCUGAGGAGCUCAGUGGUGGGUCGGGUGUCGGCGGUGUAGUUUGCCGGGUUUGGAUUGUUAAUGUGUCACGUGACGUCACAUGGAACCCAUCUGUCUAUCUGUCAUAACUUAGAUCUUUAUUUUCUUAUGACAAUAAAGAAAUUCAAAGUAUCAUUGAUCCCUUUUUUUCUGUCACAAUUAUGUUUCGUAAUUUCCUUUUUUUUGUCUGGAGAGUUAAGAAGCUUACCUCCUCACUGUGUCUCUUCAGUUAGAUGAGAUUAGAUGCCGUUAUUAGUCACAAUGUGGAGAAAUGUCACAGCAGCCAAUGACAG